CUGGCUCCUUGCAACCCACCAAGCAUGUUGGGGGCAAGAGACUCCUGACCAGGAAUAUUUCAUGUUGGAUUUUCUUUUUUCUUUUUCUUCCAAAGAAGUGGAACGCUUCAUUUAUUUAUUUUACUUUAAGGCAGAUGUGGGCAGCAGGGAGUUGGCCCUUCAGUAUUUUGUAGGAGGGAAAGGUAGCAAAAGAAAACUUCAGGAUAUUUGUGCUGCUGCUUUUGCUGCUACUGCUGCUGCUGCUGCUGCUGGGACCAGUUUUCCAGCGCAAGCGGCGUCCCGCUGCCUGCCCCCGUUGCUCUCGGGCGCCCCCUGCAGGCCGGCCCAUGCUGAGGCCCAGCGCUGCAGUGCUCCUCUGGUGCUGCUGCUGGUGCUGCUGCUGCUCCGGGCUGGGCCUGCCGAGCCAGAUGCUGCGCCCCCAGGGCCUCCUCAAGGGCCGCUGCCGCAUGCUCUUCAAUGACCUGAAGGUCUUCCUCUUGAGGAGGCCCCCAGCGCCCCCACCCCCCUCACCCCCUCUGCCCCCCAUGAACACUGGGGACCAAGCCUUGGGCUUCCAGGCGUCCAACAACAACACCUUGGCUGGGCUCUAUGGAGGGCGAAGGGGGCCAUGGAGAGGACCUGGAGGGGCAGGAGGUGGCGGCGGUGGUGGAGGAGGAGGAGGAGUGGGGACUACUACUAGCCCACCAGAGGAAGAGUGGGGGAGCCCCGGAGGAGAAGGGGAGCAGCCCAUGUCUAUGAUGAGCAGCGUCUCCUCGGAGGACUUCUGCAAAGGGAAGACAGAGGACCGGUAUUCCCUAGGGAGCAGCUUGGAUAGUGGGAUGAGGACCCCUCUCUGCAGGAUCUGCUUUCAAGGGCCGGAGCAGGGAGAGUUGCUGAGUCCAUGUCGCUGUGAUGGGUCAGUGAAAUGCACACACCAACCUUGCCUGAUCAAAUGGAUCAGUGAGAGGGGAUGCUGGAGCUGUGAGCUGUGUUAUUAUAAGUAUCACGUCCUUGCCAUAAGCACAAAGAACCCCCUCCAGUGGCAGGCCAUUUCUCUGACCGUCAUUGAGAAGGUGCAGAUAGCAGCAGCCAUUUUGGGUUCCCUUUUUCUUAUUGCGAGUAUCUCGUGGCUCAUCUGGUCAACUUUUAGCCCUUCUGCUAAAUGGCAACGUCAAGACCUGCUCUUCCAGAUCUGCUAUGGAAUGUAUGGCUUCAUGGACAUUGUCUGUAUAGGUCUAAUAAUCCAUGAAGGACCCUCAGUGUAUCGGAUUUUUAAAAGGUGGCAAGCAGUCAAUCAACAGUGGAAAGUGCUGAACUAUGACAAAACAAAGGACCUGGAGGAUCAAAAAACAGGGACCCGGACCAACCAACGAACCUCCUCCCAAACCAACCAUUCCUCCUCCACGGGUGGUACAACUAGCAACUCUGUCCCAGGUGAUGGUGUGGUCCGGGGAACUAGUCACACCACAGGCACCUUGUCUGACCACCACUGUGCUUAUACCAUCUUGCAUAUACUCAGUCAUCUGAGGCCUCAUGAACAGAGAAACCACUCUAGCACAAACAGAGAGCUUGUCAUGAGAGUCACGACGGUCUGAACAAAGGAAUUCAGGAGGCCUUAUUGCAACAUGGAGUGGGAGAGGAACUCUUCAAGUGGGGUGGGGGGAGGCAGCGUGGUAUGCCUUACACCCUCUGCCCCAUAAUCCACCCUCACCGACCCCUGGUCCUCUGCAGCUGCACAAGAGGCCCUUGGCCAGCAAAGGAUGGCAGAGGCAGAGCUGCGCACACAUGCUGAAAAGAGGUUUCACAGUUUGUCUAGUUACCAGAAAGUAUGACAAAACAAGUGCAAUACAGACUACCAGAGCUUGAACUAGGGCAAAAAGGCUUGUUGGGGGGGAGGGGUCAGGGAAGUACAGCUGUUCUUAUUUGAAGCAUUUUACAGAAACACACACAUACACAUACAAGCCUACAGAAAUAUCGAAAAAAGAAAGAAAGAAAAGAAAGAAAGAAAGAAAGAAAGAAAGAAAGAAAGAAAGAAGCAGUGUAUUUUUCAAACUGUAUUAACCAGGGGUUCAAGUAUUUGAAUGCAUAAAUUAUCCUGUGGCCCUAUGUUAUUUUGUGCAGCCACAGGGUGUUUGAGCUGAAAAGGCAGUCAGUUUAUUGCUAAUGUUAUUUUAUACAAGUAAAGACUCUUCCUAGGUUUUUUUACACAUAAAAUACAUACAAAUCUGCCCUCCUCAGACAUGACUAUUUUAGAGCUUUUUGAGGGUGUGCUAUGGGGAGGGGGACACUUUUGUUUGAGACACAAACAUUUCUACCAAUGUCCAAAGCACAAGCCGCACUGGGAGAUGAUUUAUGCCAUUCAUCACUGAAAGGUACAGCCUCUUGAUUUUUUUUUCUUAGCAGACACUAUUUGUUUUGCAGGUUUGGGGAAAUGAGAUUGUCUCCUAUUGAAUUUCUUGCUGGGCCUUUCCCUUUCAUUCUGGUUCUGUAAUUUGUCACAGACUCAUGCAAGUUGAUUGGUUUUAACAUUUGUUUGUGUGUCUCACUACUCCACAGUUCACAAGUAGCUGUGUUUUGCUAAAGCAGGAGUGGGUUAAGUCAAGUUUCAGAGAAGUUAUUGGACUGCACCUCCCAGCAUUCUUCACCACUGGCUAUGCUGGUCACAGAGCUAAUGGGAGCUGCAAAACAACAUAUAUGUCAACCCUUGCAUUCCCUUGGCUCCCACAUUAAGUUGCCUAGCUAAGAGCUUUUUACAGAGAUUGGAAGGGAACCUUAAGUGUCAUUCACACAGUGGAUUUUAGCUCUAAUCUGGAAAGGGGCAACUUAUGGCCUUCUAGAUGUUGUUGGUUACAAAACCCAUCAUGUUUUGCCAUGUGCAGUGUCACUGGACAGGCACAAAUGGCUUGCCUCUGCUCUAAUCCUAUGCAUACCUUCCAGGCAGUAAUGCAUACUGAAUGUAGUGGAUCUUAUUUCUUAGUAAACAUGCAUAGGAGUGCAUAGUAAAUCUGAUUUAACUUUUCUUGUCUCCCCUUACAAGGGACUCAAGGACUGCUUUUUUGAUUUGGAUGAGAAAUUGCUAAGUAAGACCUCUUACCACACUACCACUGCCAAGAUUUUUUGGAAGAAGCCAUCAUCACUACACUGAUAUAAAUGAUAUUGGUCUGUAGUGUAUGCCCUGGAUGUUACAUAAAUACAUCUUUUUUUUCUGCUGGUACUUUCACAAGUACCACUAAAAAUUACAGUAUUUCCAAGCCAAAGUGCUUUAAAUUAUAGUGGACUGGUAAUAUAUGACAUCUGGUGACCAUGCCAUAUAAUAUAUGACAUGCUCACCAGAUCUGUGUGUGCUGAAGGAAACUAUUGAUGCUUUGACUAGUUUUAGAUUGGGACUCGCUACAUCCUAGAGCACUAUGUAAAAACCUGCUUGAACCAUGUUGUGAUGAAUCAAAACCUGGACAUCAAAACUUGCUAUAUAAUUAAUUUGAUGAUAUGGAGCUCACAUAUUCCCUUAGUAGGAAGUCCCUUGUGGCCCUGACUUGCUUGGUUCCACACAUGGGGGAUGAUAUCUUUAAACAGUAUCAUUUCCACACUGAGUUCUUUCAUGGAAAUACUGCAGCAGCAUCCAAACCUGACCUCAAGCUGUCAACCUGGUCAUAGAAUCAUACAGGGGCAUACCCUCCAACAUUUCACAGAUGAAAGUCCAGACACUUAUGGCCAAGUGACAUCAGAGUGUCAUUCAUAUGGCAAAAGUUGCUAAUGAGGCAAGACACAGAGACUAGGAGAAGGUGCAGCAGUUUGCUUUUGCCUGAGCCUUUAGGGAAGAUUCUGCCCUCUCCUC